AUGGAUCCUACGCUCUACGAGAUCAAAGAUGACAAUACACUCGAAAUCAUGAAGCUUCACACCCAAAAAAUCAUGGAAUCUUUCCAAAGGCGAUUCCGAUCACCAGUUCUAUCUGGUCAGGAUCAGAUCGAUAUCCCUUAUCCAAAGGUUGGGCGAGUCGCUAUAGUUGGGGCUGGUGUGGCAGGACUCCUAUUGGCAUUGAGGCUCGGUAAAGAUACCCCAGUUGACGUUUACGAAGCUUCAGAUCGUGUCGGUGGUCGCCUUUAUACUCGAAAAUUCUCGGGAGGUGGAGAGUGGGAUUACUUCGACGUUGGUGCUAUGCGAUUUCCCGACACUGGAGUGAUGAAGCCGACAUAUGAUCUUUUCAAAGAGCUCGACAUUCCGCUUCUCAAAUAUCAGAUAAGCUGUGACGAGACAUGGUUGUGCUAUAAUGAUAUUCGGGUUAACCGUGGUGAUGCAACUGGUCAAGAUUUCGGUGCACGUGUGAGCAGGGGAGGCAAUGUUCCGGAUGAAUGGGUGAAUGAAGGCGUAGAAGCACUGAUGAAGAAUGUAUACGGGAGAUUCCUCGCUAAGCUCAGAGCAGAUUUCAGAGUUGGCUAUGAGGAGUUGAUGAAGUACGACGAACACUCGACCCGAAGCUUCAUGGCCUUCGUGGAGCUGGAGGCAUGGAAGGAUCCCAACCCUCCGGGCGAUGAGUAUCCGGCAAAGGAGCGCUAUCCUACUUCUGUCGUCAACUGGCUUGAGACUAUGACCUCCUCCGUAGGAUCGUUUGAUAUGUCGUUGAGUGAGACUAUUUUGCACUACUAUUGCUUUGCAGAAGGAUUACCAAACACGGAAUGGCGUUGUGUCAAACAUGGUUCCGAGAAGAUAACCGAUAAACUUUACGAGAUCUUGACGACCACCGACCCUUUCAAGACGAACGUCACAAUUCGUUUUGGUAGUAGGGUUACCCGCGUAAAUUAUCAUCGGGAUCCUCCUCCUCCACCACGUAACCCACCUGGACAUCCAGAUGAUCCCCCUCGCCAUCCAGAUGAUCCCCCUUGCCACCCAGAUGAUCCCCCUUGCCACCCAGAUGAUCCCCCUUGCCACCCAGAUGAUCCCCCUUGCCACCCAGAUGAUCCCCCUUGCCACCCAGAUGAUCCCCCUUGCCACCCAGAUGAUCCCCCUUGCCACCCAGAUGAUCCCCCUUGCCACCCAGAUGAUCCACCGCGCCAACCAGAUGAUCCACCUCGUCACCCAGAUUAUACGAAAGAUAUGGUGAUGUCGGUCACUUCCGAUAACACUAGCAACACCAUUCGCCCAAUGUAUUCGCAGGUUGUCUUGACUGUAUCUCCUCAGUGUAUGAGAUACAUAGAUCUCUCGACAUGCGUGCUCGACUACAAUCAGCGAAGCUCCCUGCUUAUGCUUACUCCUGGCCCUUCGGUCAAAGUCGGCAUAAAAUUCAAACGAAAUUGGUGGGCUGAUCAGAAUAUUACUGGAGGGCAGAGCGCGACUGACCGACCUGUACGUACGGUCGUUUACCCGUCGUAUGGAGGUGCCCAAUCCACGGUGCUCAUUGCGAGCUAUAAUUGGACUCAAGACGCGAGCAACAUGGGAGCUUGGAUCCGUGGUCGGGGAUCUGUCGACGAGAAACAAUUGAAGGACACGAUUCUAGCUGACCUUGCUUCUGUCCAUGGUAUCAAGCUAGAGGACCUCAACGAUUGGUACCAAGGAAUGUAUGCCUUCGACUGGUCGAAUGACUCCAGAUUUAUGAGUGCAUUCGCCGCCUUCAAUCCUGGUCAGUUCAGUUUCUUGUUGGAAAGCCUUACGAGACCGGCAGCAGGUGGUCGCCUUCAUUUCGCUGGUGAUGCUAUUAGUGCCUGUCAUGGCUGGGUUGCUGGUGCAAUAGAAAGUGCGAACAGGGUCGUCAACCAGAUGAACCCGCCGAAGUUCAAACUGCCAGAAGGCCCACUGGAGACGAUGUUCGAUUCGGAUGUGCAAUUGCUGCAAUUGGCAGUUAGUGCAUAUCUACAGAGCAAAGAGUUUGGUCUUUAA